CCCCGCGAGGCCGGAGCCGAGCCGGAAGCCGCCGCGGAGCCGCGGCCCCGCCAUGGCGCUGUGAGCCCCGCGCGCCUCUCGGGGUCCCGGCAGCGGGGCAUGGCGAGCGCGGCGGGCAGGGCAGCGCGGCGCUAGGGAUCCCGCUCCGCCCCGCAGCUCGGCGAAACGCCGCGAGGUGAGCGAGGCCCGGCAGAGGCGGGGAGUGCCGCGGCCCGCGCUCCAGCCGCCUCCCCGCCGCUUUGUCCUUCCAGGCCCCGUCGCAGAAGCAGCGAGAGAGGGGAGCAGCGCCCCCGCCAUGGCCCACUCGCCUGUGGCCGUGCAAGUGCCCGGCAUGCAGAACCAUAGAGCAGACCCAGAAGAACUGUUCACAAAACUGGAACGCAUUGGGAAAGGCUCCUUUGGUGAAGUCUUUAAAGGAAUUGAUAAUCGGACACAGCAAGUGGUCGCUAUAAAAAUCAUAGACCUUGAGGAAGCAGAAGAUGAAAUAGAAGAUAUACAGCAAGAGAUAACUGUUUUAAGUCAGUGUGAUAGUCCUUAUGUAACAAAAUACUACGGAUCAUAUUUAAAGGGCACAAAACUAUGGAUAAUAAUGGAAUACUUGGGUGGAGGGUCAGCUUUGGAUCUUCUGCGUGCUGGCCCAUUUGAUGAGUUCCAGAUUGCUACCAUGCUAAAGGAAAUCUUGAAAGGUCUUGACUACCUGCAUUCAGAGAAGAAAAUUCACAGGGAUAUAAAAGCUGCCAAUGUCUUGUUAUCCGAACAAGGCGAUGUUAAGCUUGCUGAUUUUGGAGUUGCUGGGCAGCUGACAGACACACAGAUUAAGAGGAAUACCUUUGUUGGAACUCCCUUUUGGAUGGCCCCUGAAGUUAUUCAGCAGUCAGCAUAUGAUUCCAAAGCUGACAUCUGGUCAUUGGGAAUCACUGCUAUUGAACUAGCCAAAGGGGAGCCUCCGAACUCGGAUAUGCAUCCGAUGAGAGUUCUCUUUCUCAUUCCGAAAAACAAUCCUCCAACUUUACUAGGAGAAUUCAGUAAACCUUUUAAAGAAUUCAUUGAUGCGUGUCUGAAUAAGGACCCAACAUUUCGCCCUACUGCAAAAGAACUUCUGAAGCACAAAUUCAUUAUGAAAAAUGCCAAGAAGACUUCCUAUCUGACAGAACUGAUUGAUAGGUUUAAGAGAUGGAAAGCAGAGGGACAUAGUAGUGAUGAAAGUGAUUCCGAUGGUUCAGAUUCGGAGUCCAGUAAUAAAGAAAAUAACUCUCAUCCGGAAUGGAGCUUUACUACAGUUCGAAAGAAGCCAGAUGCAAAGAAGCUGCAGAAUGGAACGGAUCAGGAUCUUGUUAAAACCCUGAGUUGUUUAACUAUGAUAAUCACCCCAGUGUUUGCUGAGCUCAAGCAGCAAGACACAAAUAAUGCUAGCAGAAAGAAAGCAAUUGAGGAACUUGAGAAAAGCAUCAAUAUGGCAGAAGCAACGUGUCCAGGGAUCACAGAUAAGAUGGUGAAGAAACUUAUGGAGAAAUUUCAGAAAUUUUCUGUUAAUGACUCAUCCUAAGAAACUUCACAUAAUUGACUGCUGUUUUGUAUGGACCCAGUGAAACCCACCAAAACUACUUCAAGCUUGGCAGUGCUUAGCUCAUGAGCUCCUUGUGCCUUUUGGAUGUUUGCAACAUAUUGAUGGUGAUUGAGGAUUUGGAAGAACCUACUCAACUAUUUUGUGGCAGUGCACAUGGUUUUAUAUUUUCAGGAAAUUAUUUUGUAAAGAACAACUUUUAAUAUUGUAGUUUCACCUGUUUAAUCUGAUAAAUGUCGAGGUGCAGUUUUGCUUUUAGAGAUAACCAUUACUUUAGUUAAUAGAAAGUGCAAGUACAGUAUGUUUUGAUGCUGUUUUGUUCCUGUACAUGGGGAUGUACGGGUCUUUUGUAUUCAUGAGUUAAACUUUUGUAAAUCACUAACAAGCUUCAGAGAAAAUAGCUUUUUCACAAAUGUAUUCAAAACAUGUAGUGGCAAGGGUAUUGCUGUAGCACCUGCUUCAACCAGCAUAUAGAUAUCGUGCCCUGGAAAAUAAACCUGCAACAGUAUCACAAUUUUAAAUUGGUACAGUAUUUUAGGCAGCUCUAUGAUUAAAUAUAUUUGAGAGCAAUAUGUCAAUAGCUUGCAGGUGAUAUGUAGCAACAGGUCUAUCCUGAUGUACAGUAUAUGUAUUACCUUUUAGAACAGGUUUUGAAGUAGUAAUUCAAUCUUAUAUCAUCAUGGUAGGAAAAUUUAAAGCAAUACAGUUGAGGGAGUGGGGCUUUUGGCAAUAAUGGACAAAACCUGAAGUCCAAUUUAACUUAAUUUAAUUUUUUUUCCUCUGAGUAUACAUGCCUGGGUGGAAGGGAGCCAGAGAAGCCGAGCGUCGCAUGAUACAUACCUCACAAGCAGGUAUAAGUGUAACACCAGCGUUCCAUGUGGUGGUGUUGUUUCUCCUGUAAGAUAUUUAUACACGUUUUUGUUCUUAAAUACAUUAAAUACAGUACAUCAACAUAAUUUGUUUAUAAUUUUCUGAAAGUGUAUUUUAAAUAUGUAUUUACCAGUUAAUAUGCAAAUAACUGAGUUAUAGAUAUUCUUUCACAAAAAGAUAGUACUGUGUAGUACAGAGUGAUUUUUUUUUUCCAUAAAAAGUAGGUAAGAUUAUAAAGUUGCUUUCAGUUAUAUAUUUAUGGUACUGCUAGAUGGGUAAUAUCUUCUCUUCUGUUUUUUUUCCCUUUUUCAACCUAGUAUGUAUAUUAUGCUGAAGUUUUGAACUGGGAUUGUUUUCAGUACUUAGCUGUGGAACUGUUGGUGUAAAUUUAUUUUUGAUAAAGGCUGGGUGUGUUUAUUUUAUGGUUCAGACCUGCACAUUUUGUUUUUGCACAAAGUAAUUUUAAAGAACCUGAAAUAUAUCUGCCAAAUAUUGAAAAAGUAAUGGUGUGCAAGUAAAUACUGCAUUUUUAGUCAAAUGUUGCCAUUACAUCGCUUUUAUAUAAAGGACACUUGUGAGAGACGGUGGUUAGAUAUGCCAAGGACAAUUAUUUUCAAUGGUGCCUACACUGUAAAAAAAAAUUACUUUUAACUCCUUGUUUUAAUUUUAAAAAAUGUUUCUGUUUAAAACUUUCAUCUGCUAUAUAAUUGAAAUUCGAUUAGAAUUUAUAUCUGAGAAAAAAGUCUGGAAAUAGUUUUUGAAAACAAUAAUGUUAUGGAUUAAAUAAAUAUUUUUAUAAAUGUAAAAGCAGCAAAAGUUGUAAAUACAGUUGAUCUGAAGCUUUACAAAAUAACUGCAUCACAGAAACAAAUUGUAGUGCUCCUUUAGCUUCUGUAGUUGUUAGUCUUGUAAAUCUGUUUAUAGAUGAAGCUUAUUUCAAUGUUUUUUUGGGGUUAAAUGGUUUAAAAAUAAAUAUUUAAGUUCUGUAAACUUU